GAUGAGGAUGGGUCUGAUGGAAUGGAAGUGAAUGCGAAUGAAGUUUUAGAAGAAGAAGGUAGAGCAGCUGCUUUGGCUAGGAAAGAAGAUGCUAGAGAACAAGAGAUGUUGAAGAAACAUGAAUUAGAGAAAAAGAAACGGUUGGGUAGGAUUAGAGGUAUGGAAUCGAAAUUGAAAUGAUUCAUCAAAUCAUUCAUUAUCUUUUUUUCUUUGAUUUAUAUAUAUAUAUUGAUGGAUCUAUUUAAAUAUAGAUUGUAUUACUUUUUUAUUAUUUUCUUGAGACACUUUUUUCAGAAAAUUUGUAUUGCGUUUCUUUUUUUCUGUUUUGUCUGUUUUCUUUAGAUUUGAUUUAUACAUUACUUUAGAGGUAUUGAUAUAUACAUACAUACAUCUCAUUUAUCAUUAGAAUAAAUAUGUGGUUUUUUCUGUUGGUUUAUGGUUUUUUGAUUUGGUUUAGAAAUUUAAGAAGAGAAGAUGAAAGUGUCUGUUGCUGGGUUUUGAGAUAUAUAUAUGUUUUAUAGUUUAAUAUUUUGCAUUUGAUGAAUGGUUACAGUUAUGU